AUGAGUGAAUUGAAGACAAAACCUAUUGGUGCAGCAUAUAAGAGGAAGGCUAUGGAAAAAGAAGAAAAACAUCAAAAUGUAAUAAAGCAUACGCAACCUAUUGAAAUUUUUUUUUCAAAACUAAUAAUUGAUGACGCGGUAUCUUCUUAUGCAAUUUACCAUGCGUGUGCUACUGAGCCUAUUCAAUGCGAAAUUCCUACUACUUCUAAACAACCACAAGAUUUGUCAGCGCCUACGCCGCCUACUCCGCCAGCAGUAGAAGUUGAGAGGAAAGGGCUGUACCAAAUUACAGUCACUUUGAAUGCGCUCGGAGGAGUUAAUAAAGAUGGUCCCGACUGGGCAAAAUAUUGGGCUGAAAAGAAAUGCUUAUUAAAGAAAAUGUGCAGCAAGCUUUCAGCUUCAUUAAGACAAACGGGGGGAGUUACCACUGAUCUUCCACAAUUGUCCGAUAUGGAUAAGCGGUUCGUGGCAGUAAUGGGUGGACAAAGUUUUGCUUGUGGAGAUAGCCAGCUAGCUAUCAACCUUUUCCCACAAAUGCAUUUGACAUCAGAAACUACAACAACCGCAGUAAUGGAGACUCCACGAGACUUUGCAAAUGAAGUUCAAGUAGAAGUUCCCGAAGAAAUAGUUGUUGAAGUUCUGCCUUCUCCUUCCCCAACCACAUCACAAGUUGUGCCUCCCCCUUUGUCACCAAAACCACUACCCACUCAUCCAAAUCGCAUGGCGAGGAUCGAGGAACGACGUGUAGAAGCUGAGAGAGUGACUGCUGAAGCAUUAGCAGUAGAAUUGAUAGGCUCGCUGAUGAAAUAUUGGAAGUGGCAGCAGCCUUAA